AUGGAUCUUCUCUCAGGGCUACCUGCGCGGCCAUCGACGCCGGUGCCCGGCCAUUGGCUCCUCGGCGCGCCGCCGAUAAUCCACAUAAGCAUCUUCGAAGCCUCUGCGACGGACGGGGCGGGUGAAUCGACCUCGGAGGACAUCGUGACUGGCCUACGACAAGAUCCGAUCGAGAAGGCAUGGAUGGACCUGAACGGGGCCGGCGAGACGCGCGAUGCGCUGACAAAGUGCGCCGUUGUCGUCCCUGGCAAAAAGGUUGACCCGCCGAAACCCGAAACGGACGGAGAGAAGGAGGGCGACGAGCCGAUGGCCGUUGAUGGCGAGAAAGAGGAGCGGCCGAAGGAGAUCGACCUGACGAAGGAGGACAAGGAACCGAAAGAGAAGGAGAAAGAGGAGUCGGUCGGCCGGCGGCUGUGGGUCUUUUCCGCCGAGGCGAUUGAGACUCCGGACGGCUUGACCCUCGUCGAGACGCCGGCACCCAUCGUCCUCAGCGCGACUCUGACGUGCACGCUGCACGGACAGAGUCUCUCGUGCCUCGCCGCUGGUCAAGACUGCACACCAGUGUUCCAGCCUCCGCCGGCAUGGCGAUACCUCGAAGCUGCGGCGGGCGAGAAACUCGCCUGGAAGCGGGGGCAGCGCCUGUCGCUGCUGCCAAACCCGUUACGCAUCGACCGCACCCCGCCGCUGACGGUGCGCAUCCGCCCGACAUCAAACGACCAGCUGCUCCUCAUCGCGAAGCCGCGCGCGAUCCCACAUUGCGCCCCGCAGCCUGGCAUUCUGACCUCCCCAGCGGGGCGAAAUCCGCUGGUGCUACGUCCACUCGCACUGCCGGCUUUGCUAGUCGCUCCUGUCUCAGUCAGCUCGGCACAGGACGCUAAGCUCUCCGCUGCGUUCGACGUGAUGGGCGCGGACUGGAAGAACGGACGAGCUGAGGCGCGCGUUGCGGCGCAAGCAAUGGGCGAGCGACCAGCCGACUGGAGCGUGUACUUUGUUCCCCUGCGUACGAACCGCGUCAACAAGAUGCUGCCAACUACAGUCGCGGCACAGUGGCGUGGCACGCCAGGCGUACUGACUGUGUGGCCGACGCACCUCGCGCGUCCCCUGGCCCCGGUGCACAAGAGCGCGGUGCAAAAGCCGCCGAAACCGGGGCCGGGGCUUGGCGAACCGCCAGCGCUCCUCGCUGCGGCCACGGGGCUGUUCGACUUUUUCACAUCGUACACUGAGCCGGCCAGCGAUGCCGUCGACGAGGAUGCAGACGCUGACGAGACGAUGGAAGAAGUGCAGCCGAUGGAGGUCGAAGUCGAGGUGGAAGAAGUUGGCGACGAGGAGAGUCGCCGCGAGACAGGCAGCGAUGUCGACGACCUCUUCUCCGCCUCUCCGAGUCCGGAACCUGAGCCAGAGCAGCCGGACGAGGAGCCCUUCAUUGCAUCUGCCUUCACGUCGCCGCGCGGGCUUGAGCUCGAGGUCGAUGACCUCUUCGGCGCCGAUGAGCCGAUUGAGCCGGACCAGAAGGAGGAGCCGGAGGAGGAGGUCAAAGAGGAGGAGCAGCCAGAGCCCGUCCCCGAGCCCGAGCUGCCUGAAUUUGAACCACCAGGCAGAGCCGACACGGACAUGAACGAUAAGAACGAUGUGACCGAGGACGACUUCAACUUUUUCGACUCGCCCGCGAAGCAGACGGAGCCGACGCCUGCAGCUGUUGCGGAGCCUACCCCGACACCGACGACAGUGCUCCCCUCCGUUACGGAGGAGCCGAAACCGGAAGACGUGACCGCCGAGGCGCCCGCUCCGGAACCGAUAGAGAUUACGUCCAUCGCGGACCUGCCAGUGCCGGAGGUCAUCGAGCCAGUCGAGCCCGAGACCCAACCCGAGCCCGAGGCCCUGGAAGAGUCUCCCGAGUUGGCGGUAGUACACGCCCCGAAGAAGCGGACGUCCAUCGACAUUGUUCCGCCCGCCUUUGCGCCACUGCAGCUGCCCAAGCGGCCGCGCAUGCGCUUCGCGUAUGGAUUACCCUCCCCCAUCUCGCCGGCGAGCAGCACACUGCGUAUCGAGCUCGUUGAGCGGCUGCGCGAAAAGUCUGGCCAGGGGAAGAAAUAUGACUACGCCCAAGAGUGGGAGCUGUCGAGCGAAAGCAGCGACGAGGAGGUCGACAGCGCAUUCACGACCGGUGCGCCGCCGACGCCGUCCUCAAGCGACGAUGAGGAUGGCACGCCCGCCCCGCGUGCUGCGAGUGCUGCCCCGCCGCCCGCCCCGGACCAUGAGGUCAUGUUCGAUGGCAUGAUGUGCGUCGGCGGCGAGUGGGUCAGCCUCAAGGACGACCCAACCCUCUGCUCCAAGCUGGCUCGCGCGUGGGCUCCGGCGUGGGUCGAGCUGCCUCCGGAGCCACCAGAGUACGUCCCUCUCUCGCCUGAGGCGGACGCAGCGCCAUCAGCACCCUCUCCAGACUUGGAAGCCGUUGCGAACGCAGCGGUACGAAACCGCUUCCUCCGACCGCUGUUCACGCAUCCGACGCCAAACGAGACUCUCAUGCCUGCACCACUAGUGAAGCUCGGCGUGCCCCUCGCCGAAUUGACGGAGGCGGGUCAGCCAGCGGCGGCUUCCUAUGCCCUCUCGCCCGCCAACGUCAACGUCGGCCUCGGCGGGAACGUGCUUCAGCUCUCGGCGGCCGGACUACGAUACUGGCGGGAGCUUGGGUUGAUGCCAGCAGGUGGACAGAAGGACGUGACGGCAUACGUUGUCUGCGAGCCGGGAGAAGGCGAGCGGCUUGCGGCGUCCUUCCUCCGCGACAUCGGGGAUGUGUAUACCUCUCACUUGCUGGGAAAGCAUGAGGCGGGCACGGCGGAGGGAACGGACGGCGUCAUUGCCGUGCCGCCGCGCGACGUGCCGAGCGUGCUUUCCCGCCUUGGCAAUGCGGUCGUGUACGUCCUAACGUACGCUGCGCGAGGGAGCAGUGUCCUGCCCAUGCUGAAGGAGAACGUUCACGUCGUACCCGUCGAGGCGGUGCGGGUGGGCAAUCUCCUCCCACUAGCUUUCGAAGUGUACGAUGGGCGAACCGAGCGUGUCCCCCGCGUCCAGCUGCGCGGCAAGCAAUUAGCCUCGACCCCGCCGCUGCCGUUCCACGCCUUCACGCUGGCGCUGCCUCCACAACGACCACAGCUCACAAUGUCGUGGCCGCAGAAGAGCUACGACGUCCUGGCGCGCGGCCGGCAGGUGCACUGCGCUUACGCUUUCGCCGGAGCUCAUGUCAUCCUGACCGUAGUCGACGGACAGGGAGACGCGCUGGAUCUGCGCGUGCUCCCAUUCACCAGCACCACCGAGGCGAUCCCCCGGAUGUGGGAGAUCUUCACCAGCCUCGCCGAGCAGCGCAGCCGUCAAUACACCAUGACGAUCACGCGCGUCGGACUCAUGAGCAAGGCUGAGAUCGGGGGGUGGAAGACACACUUCCCUACCGCCGAGGGCACCAUCACGCUCCUCAUGGCUGAGCCGCCCGCGCCUUCGCCGCUCCGUCCCCGAACGCCCGUGGCCAACAUCCCGCCGAGCACUUUCGCCGAUCCUUCGGCUGCGAUCGUGGACGAGACGUUGGCUGGAAGCGCGGCGCCGCUGUCCGCGAGGUUGGCCGUCGAGCUCCCGCCUGCGCCGACGCCGACGGCCUCAUCCGCUAGUGGAACGGGCGAGGCGUACUACCCUCCCGCCUCCUUUGUGCUCUCAAUGGCCAACGCAGCGGGUACGGGCGCGAGCACGGCGACCUUCCAUGUCCUCCACACGAGCGAGGGCACGCCUGGCACAGUGCAUGAGAGCCUUGCGCCGCGGUUCUACGAGCUGACAUGCCUGGGACGAAGACGGUACGCGCUCGACGCGUUGCCGAUCCAUCUUGAUGCGGCACUCAAGGGAGCGGAGGCGAUCGAAGUUGUCAGCGCGGAGGCGUAG